UAUUUGGCGCAGUCUCCUAAACCUGAUAACAACUUACUCACAUCUAUUGACAGAUCACUCACACUAUUUCAUGAUAAUAAAGAUGUUAUCAUGACACUAGGCGCUCGGAUGGGUGUGAAGAGAGUGAUUGACAAUUGGCACAUACCCAAGCUAGAGCUCAUGCAGAGCAUUACCACUAGCACAUGCCAAGUUGGUGCCCUCAUCCAGUGGCCUGCAGAUGCAACUGAACAUGUGCAUGUCUCUGAAAUCAAGGACCCAGCAUAA